AUGUCGACAUACCCGACAGGAGAUGCAGAAAAAAGGAUGAAGGCUCCAAUGGCAUCGCCAGAAAUCACAACCAACAACAAUAGCGACAACUCCGAUCGGAUCAGCAUCUAUGAGGGCGAGGCUCACGUAGACAACCCCCAGCCAGAGAAACCUUUUCAGCUAUGGAGUACCUUAGGGAUAGCUUUCGCUAUAACGUCGACUCCGAUCGCCAUCGGCACCUACCUCUCCGUCAGUGUGGGAGUAGGGGGUAGUCCGGUAUUCUUCUUUGGUUAUAUCCUCGCCGUCACUAUGAACUUCUUGGUUUGCGCUUCUUUGGCGGAAAUGGCCGCUGUGUUUCCUCACUCCGCUGGUCAGAUCUUCUGGACGGCAGAACUGGCACCCGCCAAGCAUGCCCGAGGCCUGAGCUAUAUCGUAGGCUGGCUCACCUGCGCUGGCUACUUCUUCUGGAUGGCUGCGACGAUUCUUAUCACGUCCCAGUUGAUCUGGGCCUUGGUACAAAUUUGCAACUCGACAUUCAUCACACAGCCUUGGCACUUUUACGUGGCAUAUCUGGCUGCCGGUGGUUUCAGCUUCCUCGUCAAUGUACCCUUAUUUCGGUGGUAUCCAUACCUUCUUAAAGGCCUCGUGGUCUAUAUUAACGUCGGCGCCUUAUUUAUCAUUAUUGUCCUUCUGGUUCGAGCCCACCCCAAACAGAGCGCGGAAUAUGUCUUCGUCGACAUCGUUAAUCUCACGGGCUGGUCUUCGAAUGGCGUCGUAUUCUUCUUAGGCUUACUCCCGGGUCUUACCGCCGUGAAUGGAUUCGACUGCGCCGCACAUAUGGCCGAGGAGAUGCCUGCUCCCCAUCGCCAGGUACCGCAAGUCAUGCUCCUGAGUGCGCUAUGUAACGGUCUAGGUGGCUUAGUGAUGAUUCUUGUCCUAAUGUUUUCUAUUACGAAUGCCGCGAAUCUCUUAACGCCCGUUGGAGCGCAACCAGUUGCUCAGCUGCUAGUCGAUUCCCUGGACUCCCUUGCCCUGACCGUGAUUUCGGUCGUUAUCUUCAUCAUUUGCUUCUUCUUCUCCAGCGCAACUGUGAUGACCACAUUCAGCCGGGUGUGGUGGGCAUUUGCAAGAGAGGGAGGAGUACCAUUUGCUGGCUUGAUGAGCCGAGUAAACGAGAAGUCACUGAUACCAGUCAACGCCGUCUUGUUCGGCUUUAUUGGUGCUGCAUUAAUUGGGUUGAUCGAACUUGGAUCCUCGACCGCGCUCAAUGCCAUUCUUGGCGGAGCCAUUCUCUGCAUCUUCGCAUCGUAUGCCAUCCCAAUCACUUUAUCGCUGCUGAAUAAGCGAUCCGCGUUCGCCGCACCGCAUUACUGUGAUCUUGGCCGUACUUUUGGUACAGCGCUGAAUGUCAUCUCCGUUUGUUGGAUCGUGUUUGUCUUCGUCUGGUUGUGCUUCCCUCUUUACGUUCCUGUUACCCCGCAGACGAUGAAUUUUGCCGUGGUGGUCUUUGCUGGCAUUGUUGCCAUCAGUGGCAUCAACUGGGUGUGCUACUCACACAAGAUUUUCACGACCCCCGAAGCAGUAAUUGUCUCUGGCCGUCGAGAAUCACUCCCACAUCUAAAACUUGAGGCUUGA